AUGACCAAACCUGGUUGUUCCAUUGAAUCUCUCUCCUCUGUCUGUGCGCUGGAGCUGCGCGCUGUGGACGCGGACACCACGCCCCCUGAGUCGGGAACACCCUGCAGCCUGUGGAGGUCCUCUCAGAUGUGGAGAGACCGUUCAUUCAGCUCCAUCCUCCGCACAGAGACACCGCGGACCCGGGGCUCCGCUCGACUGCUCCCGAUUAAAGGCUUUUCGGGACCAACGUGCCAUUUCAAGACGGACGAUUGA